AGGGGGGGAGUGACCCAGGCAGAACGGUGUGUGCCUGUUUCUAGAGCUUAUAUGAGUCAAGAGAGCACAGAAAGAAAGAAAAGAAGGCUUUCAAAUUUAUCAGCUAGAGAUUUCUCUCUUUUUUUGUGAACUAAGCCAGCACAGGGGCUAAGAGAAGUGUUUCAAAAUGGCUUCAGACGACAGUUUCAGCUACCUAGUGGCGGGCCACAGCGAAAAGCACAGAAGGGCCCGAAACUGGACCGAUGGUGAAAUGAAGGCCCUCCUUUUUGUGUGGGAAGAACAUCACAGUGAGCUGAAACUGAGCAAGAGGAAUGCCAAGGUCUACGAGAAGAUGUCCCAGAGAUUUUUUGAGCUGACUGGAGAACAGCGCCACAAAGAGGAGAUCAAGAUGAAAAUCACCAACAUGUCUUUCCAGUACAGGAGAUUAAAAUGCACCAGCAGUGAGAGCGGGGAGACCCCGGACUGGCCGUACUACAAGGCCAUCGAGAAGAUUCUCUCCAAGCCACUGGAAAACGGGAGGGUGACCGCUUUUGAGUUUCAAGCUUCCUCCGCAGGUCCCUCCACUUCCUCCCAGUCGACAGAGGCCAUCAUGCUCCAACCGGAGGGGAGGGUGAUGGGCUUUCUGCCGGAAUACACGGGCUCCUCUGAUGAGAUAGAGAUGAAACAGGAGGUGGACGACUCUCUGAGCUCUGACAGUGUGCACUCACUGGGAUCCAGCUCCCAUCCAACUCCAGCCAAGAAGAAGCGGGUGGACAUCAAGCUGUUGUCCAUGAAGAGGAAAAAGCUGAAGGUGAUGCAGACCAUGCUGCAAGAGCAGCGCAGAGCGAGCCGGGCCGUGGAGGAGAUGUGCAGGGAGGUGCGCCGGGCCAUGCAACAACAGAACUUCCUGCAGGUCCAGUGUCUUCAGCUGCAGGAACGUAUGAUGAACCUACUGGAGAAGAUGAUCCAGCCUCCCACCACCCCUGCAACCUCGUGGGUUCAGAGCGGGCACAAAGACUCUGGGAAGGCAUGAAAGGUCAGAGGGUUCAAAUCGGGUCCACCAUAGUCUGGCUGUGCGUGUAACGCACUUGAACCAGAUACUGGAUGUUUAGUUUAAAUUUGAGUUGCACAUCAAAAACUUUUUUAAUACUCAUGAUGCUGUGAGAUUGGUCAGCAUAGAGAGUGGGUAGAGCAUGACUCUGAAGCAUUUUGUUAUUGAUGUUUCUCAAGGAUUCAGCAACCUCAUUCAAUGAAAAAAAAAUUAACGGGAGCUGCUGAGAAGCCCAGCAACCUAUACCCAAUGCCUAUUCCCAUGCCUUUACUCUAAAAAAGGAUUCUACCCAAGUAGAAGUCUGGAUUAUAGCACAAGAAGCAGUCAUAACAGUCCCUUUGUCUUGAUAAUUAUACUUUCCAUUUGCAAACUGCUCAUUCAUAACUGGAGAUGAGUCGCACAAAGUCUGACCUGUUUCUUGACUCUAUUUUUGCUUUGUCGUAAUAAAUUACAAUAUGGAAAAUUUACAGCCGGAAACAUGGAUGGUGGUGGGCUUGUAAACUGUAAAAUCGUGCAAAUUGAGUUAGUUGGUUAAAUUGGAAUAAACUAUCAGACUCACUAGGCCCCAUAAAGGUUCUUGAGAAAUUGGAGGGGAGCAAAAAUGACAAACUAUAUUGUGUGUGUAUAUACUAUAUAUAUAUAUCUCUCUAUAUAUAUGUGUGUAUAUAUGUAUUUGAUUAAUAGGAAAAGUAAUGAUUUUCAGCUUUCUGUGAUGUCAUUCCUUUGCCUUCUGACAGUUGUCUACAAUAAUAAAGAUUCAGUACUUCCUUCCAUUUAUGAGAAAAUAGUUUGUUAGACCCUUUGAUCUACGAUAUCAUACUGAUGUAGUGUGUGCAGCACCAUGCACAAUGACCUGGAAGAGAAAGAAAAUGGGACUGGGACUGUGGCCAUGAUACAAAUCUGAAAUUAAAAAAUAUAUUUCCUGGUUUUAGGAUACCAACCACAGCAUAAAAUGAAGCUAACACACAGUACAGUCUGUUCUCAAGCUGCAUACUGCGACAGUUAAAUUAAAGUUGCAUUUCAGUUGCGCAAAUAAAGA